AUGUCCUCAACCUCAACGGCGAGCGGCAAGGGGACCCGUAAAACGUACAGCUUCGAGGAGCGAGAAAUCCUCGUGAACCUGAUAGCCAAGCACCUGCACAACGGCCACGAAAACAACACCGAGGAUGACUGCGCUAGGAGCAGUAACGGGAGCACCGAGGGCGUGUCGAGGCGCAAGUCACUCUGGUCCCAGCUGACGGAGGAGUACAACUCGCUCGUCGGCUCGGAAAACUCGAGGUCGUCCAUACAACUGCGCCGCUGCUGGGAAAACAUGAAGGCCAACAAGAGAAACCGCGACGCGGACAAACGGUGCCCCUUUUUUACCGCUUCGCAAGACCUGACGAUGCAGCUGCCACCGGCGAGUACCCUGGGACUGCCGCCGAACGUCGUUUUUCAGCCAAAAGAGUCCGAGCCCUUUGCUUUCGAGGGACUCAUGGUACCCACGUUUCGUUGCACCGAAGUCAAGAAGGAGCCCUACGAUUUUCACGAGGACGGGGUAGACGACAAGCAGGAGGGCAACGACGAGUUGGUGGACGACCCUGGCCUCGAGCCAGCGUCGAAGAGGCAAAAGACGCGGAAGACCUCGUCGCCGUCGUCCCCGAAGAAGCUGCAGCCCACGUGCAGGCAGAGCAAGGUGACCCCGAAGCCGUGCAUAAAAACGCAGAAGAGCAACGAUAUGUACGAGUACGCGAUAUCCGAGGCGCAGCUGAAGCUGGAAACCGCGGCGCUGCUCAAGGAAGAGGCCCGGCUGAAGCUCGAGGAGGCGGAGUACAGGAAGGAGGAGGCCAGGAUGCGCAUGAUUUGCGUUACUUACGAGCUGCAAAAACUGAGGGACGAGUGCAACGACGCCAAGAUCGAGGACGGGGCUUUUUAA